UUGACAAAUCAGUCGAUUGACUCCAUUUUGAAAAAAACCCAUCGAUAGGGGCGUGGAGCGAGCGAAGAGCGAGCGUUGUGGAGAAAACCCGAGAAAUUGAGGAUUUUAACUUGAAUUGUUUUAGUGUGUGAGGAGUUGGUGUGAAUACGAGCUUCUCUCUGUCGGUAAAAUGGGAAACUGUCACACCGUUGGACCGAACGAGGCCCUUGUAGUUUCAGGUGGCUGCUGUGGCUCAGAUCAGAAGACGUAUGUCGUUGGAGGCUGGGCAUGGGCCUGGUGGCUCAUAUCUGACAUCCAGAGAAUGUCUCUGGAGGUUAUGACCAUCCUCUGUCGCUGUGAGAAUAUCGAAACCUCGGAGGGUGUUCCCCUGGAUGUGACAGGGGUGGCUCAGGUGAAGGUGAUGACAGAGAACGAACUGCUGGGUUACGCCUGCGAACAGUUCCUGGGGAAGUCAGUCGUGGAGAUCAAAAGUGUCAUCCUGCAGACCCUUGAGGGUCACCUGCGCGCCAUCCUUGGUACCCUAACUGUUGAGCAAAUUUACCAAGACAGAGACAGAUUUGCUGCCCUGGUGCGAGAGGUGGCAGCACCUGAUGUGGGUCGUAUGGGCAUCGAGAUCCUCAGCUUCACCAUCAAGGAUGUAUAUGAUAAAGUGGAGUACCUGAGCUCCCUGGGUAAAACUCAGACAGCUGCAGUACAGAGGGAUGCAGACAUCGGAGUGGCUGAGGCAGAGAGAGAUGCUGGCAUCAGGGAAGCUGAGUGUAAAAAGGAAAUGAUGGAUGUUAAGUUCUUAGCUGACACAAAAAUGGCCGACUCCAAGAGAGAGCUGGAAAUGCAGAAAGCUUCCUUUAACCAGGAAGUGAACACAAAGAAAGCAGAGGCUCAGCUUGCAUAUGAGCUUCAGGCGGCCAAAGAGCAGCAGAAGAUCCGUUUGGAGGAGAUAGAGAUCGAGGUGGUACAGAGGAAGAAGCUGAUCACGAUUGAGGAGAAGGAGAUCGACAGAACUGAGAAGGAGCUCAUCGCCACUGUAAAGAGACCUGCUGAGGCUGAAGCCUACAAGAUGCAGCAGCUGGCAGAGGGACAGAAGAUAAAGAAGGUGCUCACGGCGCAGGCUGAGGCUGAGAAGAUCCGCUGCAUCGGUGAGGCAGAGGCCGCCUCCAUUGAAGCGGUGGGAAAAGCAGAGGCUGAGAAGAUGAGGCUGAAAGCUGAGGCAUAUCAGCAGUACGGAGAUGCUGCUAAAACUGCUCUGGUCCUCGAGGCUCUGCCCAAGAUUGCCAGUAAAGUUGCUGCACCUCUUGCUAAGACCAACGAGAUAGUCAUCUUGAGUGGAGAAGGCAGCCGUGUGACCGGAGAGGUGAACCGUUUAUUAGCGGAACUCCCUGUCUCCGUCAACGCCCUCACUGGAGUGGAUCUGACUAAGAUCCCUCUGCUGCAGAAGAUGAUGACCCCACAGUGCCAAUCAGCCAUCUAAUGAAUCAGGCCAGAGACUAAUUCCUCAGAUCCUUCAACAUAUAUCUGCCUCAAGCAUGAUAACAGAUUUUUUAGUCUUUGACCCACUUAUGCAACUGCCUUUGACCAGAACUACUUGACACCAACCAAGACAGUUUAUGCGUUUUCAAUUUUCUGAAGGAAAAUAAGAUGGGGCCUUACUUCUAAAGGACCAGACCUGUCGGUUCUCCUGUUGUUUUUAAAUUCCAGUUUUUUGACAAUUUGAUUUUUUUCACACUGCACUAGUUAGCCACGAUUAUAUGCUGCAGUCCCGUUCUGUCCUACCAGUCAUCCAAAGCAGAGUUUGUUCUUUUUUAAUCUAGUAGUGUUAAAUGUCAUUUACAGUAGGUGCUGUAAAGAAUCUAAACUUAAUUCCAGAGAGGCCGAACACCAGCUGUAACACCUGUCAACAUUUUGACAUUCACACCCAUGAGUACGUAGUAGUUUUAACUGUAUUAUUAGACGAUUAAGUACAUAAACAUCUGCCAAAGUGCUCAGAACCACAUCUGAAGUAGUUCUUGCAACAAUAGGUGUCUCCAGGACCACAGUUUGCAAUGAUGAAUAUUUUACUCCUCUCCUGAUUUCUCUCUCUAGUUUGAUGUUCGCUCCUUCCCUGUCAGUUAUGACACUUUGGGAGCAGAGUCAAGUGUGUGCCAGCUCCUGACUCUUCAUCGAACAGUGAUUCAUCUAGUAGAUGAAGUAGUUUGAAGUUGACUGAGCACAGUGUGAAAUCUGAACCUUAUACUUUUAAAAUUGUUUCUUAUAGUUUUAUAGUUUACCUCUAACUGAAAGUUUUGGAUUACCAGACCGCUGUUACAUUCAAAUUUACAGUAGAUCAGAAUAUCAGAUGUAUUUGUAUGAUAAUCCUAACCUCGUGGUAUGUCGUCAUGUUGCCUGUCUCCUCGUUCUGAUGUGCAGUGCCUGUUCAUCACUUAAGUGCCCAAACCUUUAGGACAGUGGUUUGGCUUUAGUUGGAUUGGAGUGUAUCCACUGUGUUAUAGAGAUAGAAGAUGUUUAAGUAUCGCUCACUGUUCUCAUCACAUCUGCUUAUACUAACAAGUGUUAACUUUUCACCUUUGUUGCGUUUGGACACAAAGGCAGAUAUACACUAAGCAAACACAUAACACAAAGCCAUACUUAGAAAGAUUAGCCUUAAUGGAGACCCUGGAUGCCUGCCAGGCUUACUGAACAUUUCCCUUUUACCUCAAGUAGCACAUGGUAGAUGCAGGGUCUGUGCUUUAACUCAUUUGUUACUCCUCUCUCACUUUCCUCCCCCUGAAAUGCAUUGUCAGUCCUACUCACCUGUGGUUGUGUGUUUCUCAGAUGUCAUUUAAAUGAAAUUUUACAGACUGUGUACAUACUUUGUAGCUUUAAAGAGUAAUGCCUACACUAACAUUUGCUAUGGCAGAAUAGUGAUAGUGACCUCUGACUCCUGUGGCUUGAAAGUUGUCGCUGUGUUGCAUCUGCGACCACAUCCCACCUGUGACGUGAAAGCAGCUAGAGCCAGUGAGAAGAUGAAGGAGAAGCAUGUGAUCAGUUGGUAGACACUGUACAUAGUGUUUGUUUGAGUGGUCUAGCAUAUAUGGUCGGAUCGGUUAGAACAACACCGACUGCAUCGUGUAAAUUCAAGUGAAGAGUAAACUUUAAUUUGCUGGUCAUUGAGUCAGCCUCAAUCUUAAAACCAGUUUUAAUGUUUUGACUUAUGAAUUUACAUGUUCUUACGAUCAGAUUAAAGUAGGAUGACAGUGUUAUAUGAUAUUUUGAAAUGUGGAAUGACAGCGUGCAACAAGUAGCAAGUUUCAGCCUCUAGGUGGCAGCGUCUGAGCAGGAUUUGAACCCAUUUUAUUGAAUGAGCCUUUUGUUGUUGCCUGUUACAAACAUAACCUACAUUAUUUUUUUAUAUCAACCUGAUAUAUGAACACAGUUAGGUUCUGCUACCCCCUUUUUUUAAUUUUGCAUUUUGCAUCUGUUUAAUCACAUUGUGAAUGUUCAUUAACCACUUGUCAGAGUCUGUGACCUGUAAAUAUUUUGAGUUCUGUUUCAGUGACCAUAAUAAGUUUAUUAUCAAUAUCACACCAUUCUCUUAUUUCCCUGAAAUAAACACAUAACGUUGAAGUUAAAGCUCAUUUUCUAAUCUGUUCAGUUCUGCUGCAACUAUUUUCUCUGCUCUAAAUGUUAGUGAAAACAUUGCAUGGCUUUUUGAAAACUAAAUAUAUUAAUCACUAAGUUUUUUCAGCAUAACAUGAAACUGCCAGUAUUUUUGAAACAUGUGAUUAUUAGAAACUAAUAUCAGUCAUAAUUCACUGAAAACCGACACUGUCCUGGUUCCUUUCCACCCUGUGAUGGUUCACUGCAGCCUGGCAGAGUCUCCAGUGUUUCACUUCACUAAUGCAGCAGUGGUUGAGAGAGACUGACACCAACACCACUUUACAGUCGGCAGCACUGUAGAUCAUUGACAGAUCUCCUCCAGAUCCGACACCAACAUGAAACCUUCACACACCCAGUUGAAAGGCUGCACCGCUUUCUAGUAGCUCACUUUUAUGUAACGAUAAAAACACAGUGGCUCAUCUGGAAUACAAAACCUCAAUGUUAUAUUUUGCAAUGUUACUUGAGAGAAGCAGAUACACAGUGCCUUUGUUGAAUAGUGUGACUGGUACUUAAAUGUGCAGUUUGCUCAGUGCGAGAUGGGGGAUGUUCUAUCAGGAAUUUACUGCAGGACAUAGAUUUACUUGUAGAAUAUGUGAACUUUAUACAUAUAUCGUUUUCAACUACGUUUUUCUCUUCUAUUGUAUUUUCUUUGCUUUAACAUUCAGUACAAGGGAACACACACACAGUACAUAUAUAUAGUUAUUGUUAUAGUGAUAUGAUAAAUAUAAAUGUAGCAUAAAGUAGCUGUUUCUGUACAAUUUGCAGUGUCUAAUCAGGAUCACAGCAACUUCCUGUUUCUCCAGGUUGCAUUGGAGAAGCGAAUGUGUUUAAAGACCAAAAGCUCCAGACCUACACCACAACUCUUGUCUGCAUCUGUCCACCUGUCAUCUCUCAUGGAAAUAACAUGAAGUCUCCAUUAAACCUAUAUUGUGUAUUUUUCUUGUAACACUGGCCUUUGUAAAAGUGACCCAGCAUGGCUUUUCAGGCAUGUGUUCAUGUUAUUCUGUGUUGUGUGUAGCCCUGUAAUAAAACGCUACACCACCUCC